AUGUCGGGCCGGUACGAACGGGUACGAGUCUCUUCAGCGCCACGACCUGCAGAACAGGCCCGGAACGAGUUUGGAUUAACAACCUCGCAGGUGAACGCCCACGACGAUGAAGCCGAAACACCAACGGACCCCUUGCCAAGGCCGAUGCACCCGGUCCCGAACUCGCCUCCACCAUCCUUCCGCUCGCGGACAUCGUCGAGAGAGCGAUCCAAUACCGUCAACCCCGACCUCGCCGAUGCGUUUGACGCCGACGGAGACGAGAGCGAGGACGAGACGGACGACAGGCAGCGGCUAGUGCGCGGCAAUUCGACGCCAUCCUUUAACGAUGCGACACGGACGGGUGCCGCGGCACAGCCUGGGGGACAGCCAACACAAAUAACGCGACCCACGGGAGGAGCACCGACGACAUCCAGGGUCUAUGGCGGCGGUAUCCAGUCAGACGGCGUGUUCUCAAAUCUUUCGGCGAAACCCGAGACCGGCGACACCGAGAAGGACGAAUUGCCUCCGUCCUACGAACAAGCAGCAGCUGAUCAAGCUCCCCCAUACUGGGAGACAACGAUUCUCGCCCCCGGACUCGGUGGCCCCGACGACGUGUUCAUUGACGGCUUGCCCGUGGGCUCCUUUUUCGGCUUCCCAAGAACGGAUUCGCGGGCAGGCCUGGGCAUCAUCCUGAUCCAGUACGGGUUUUACAUGAAGAGCGCCCCCGGGUCCGGUUCUGGCGAAGGAAUGCAGUCGUCGAUGGGUGGGGAUGGCUACGCGAGCCCGUCAGACCCAAACUCGCACAACUUCAACCAAGACGACGUCAACGGCAGCGGGAGCGAUGAGAUCACGGGGACCGACUGGGCAGCGUACGUGUUGAUGGUUGCGGGCUGGUUCAUCCUGAUCAGGGCAGUUAGCGACUACCUGAAGGUGCGGAGGCACGAGCAGCUGGUCCUGCAAAGCCCGGACCGGGGGUUGGGGAUUCCGAUCAUUGCGACGGGCGAGAACCCGGAGAGAGUGGUAUAG